UUUCACCUACCUUCGUUGAUUUCUUUGUGGCGGUGAGAAUCCAGUCGUCCUCGCCAGGUUUCCGCAUGCAACGCCCCCUCUCCGAAUCGCACAGCUUCGGCCUUCCGUCGACCCUCCGGCCACCGAACUGCCCCAGACAAUGCCUCCCAAGCCUUGUCGAAGAGAGCUCCGCAGCAAAAAGGCUUCGAUUCUUCUUAGCAAACUACUUUGGGCCAUUGUGAUGAUUUUGUGAGACCUCAUGUUCGUUCUUUUUCUCAUGUUCUUUGUGCUCUUGCAUUCGUGAAAGUGCCAGACUUGGCAUCUCCAAGAGGGCGUCUCAAACAGCUCUUGCAUUUCCGCAUGGCGGCUCAAGGGGGUGCGCUUCUCGCGGAGUGAAACGAGAAAACAAGUAGAAAACGAGUGACACCGAAGACCUGCCAACUUCAUCCGAGAAUGGGAGCCUACAAAUACCUUGAGGAGAUGUGGCGCAAGAAGCAGUCCGACGUGAUGCGCUUUCUGGCACGCAUGCGCAACUGGGAGUUUCGCCAGUUGCCUGCCGUGCACCGCUGUAGCCGCCCCACCCGUCCGGACAAAGCCCGGAAGGUGGGGUACAAGGCCAAGCAGGGCUACUGCAUCUACCGGGUGCGUGUGAAGCGAGGGGAUCGCAAGAAGCGUGUGGCCAAGGGCAUUGUCUAUGGCAAGCCUGUGAACCAAGGCAUCAACAAGUGGAAGGCCGUGCGAAACCUCCGCUCCAUUGCCGAAGAGCGCGUCGGACGCAAGUGCGGAUCCCUGCGAGUCCUGAACUCCUACUGGGUGGCACAGGAUGCGAUGCACAAGUGGUACGAAGUGGUGAUGGUGGAUCCCUUCCACAAUGCCAUCCGCAACGACCCACGCAUCAACUGGAUUUGCAAGCCUGUGAUGAAGCAUCGAGAACUGCGAGGCGUGACGGCUGCCGGGCGCAAGGCACGUGGCCUCUUGAAGAAGGGCAAGCGGGCCACAAAGCUGCGACCCUCCGCCCGCGCCGUGUACCGCAGGCACAGCCUGAUGCGGCUGCGCCGCUACCGGUGAGGCUCGGGGCCGCAGGUCGGUCCCAUCCCGUGAGAACGAAAGCCGCCAGGGCAUCGGCGAUCGCGGAACGCCUCGGGGCGGCACCGAAGUGGCCAUUGGAGAUCAUUUGGUUCG